UUAAACGAGUUCAAGUCAACCGUUAACCGGUUCAGAGUGUCUAAUAGGUGGCGUGUGUUACCACGCCCCACGGCAGCCCACGGGUGACAGCGCAGGGUUGGGAUUGCGUGCCGUGAUCAGCCGGCUUCCUCCCGCGGCGGCAUGGACAGCGACGAUGAAAGCGUGGAGGAGGUGGUGGAAGGCCCGUUGGAUGAAGAUGGCCAGCCCCAUGGUGUCUGCACAGUCACCUAUUCCUCCAGUGAUCGCUUCGAAGGACAUUUCACCCACGGAGAGAAGAAUGGGAAGGGGAAGUUCUUCUUCUUUGAUGGAAGCACCUUGGAAGGUUUCUACGUUGACGAUGGUCUGCAGGGCCAGGGGCUGUACACACACGAGGACGGCAGUGUCCUCCAUGGGACGUAUGUCGACGGUGAACUCAACGGGCCAGCUCAGGAGCUGGAUGCAGAUGGCCGCCUAGUCUUUAAGGGUCAGUACAAAGGCAACAUCCGCUGUGGGGAGUGCUGGAUCUACUAUCCUGACGGGGGCAGCGUGUUUGGGCAGGUCAAUGAGGACGGGGAGAUGACUGGCAGCUCCACAGCCUACAUCUACCCAGAUGGCUGCACGGCUCUCUAUGGAAGCUUUGUGGGCGGAGAGAUCACCGAGGCUCGCCUCGCCACACUGACCUCCAACCAGACCGGAAGGCCACGCUUCCAGAUCGCUCCAAACAGUCCUGUCUACUCCUAUGACAAGUCCACCUCCACCUGCAUCGCCACCCACGCUCUGCUGCCGGACCCGUAUGAGAGCCAACGGGUGUUGGUGGCAGAAUCUCUGAUUAAAGGAGCCGGUCAGGGACUUUUUGCCAAGGCAGCUGCUGAGCCGGGUACCGUCAUGGCUUUUUAUAACGGAGUCCGGAUCACGCAUUCUGAUGUGGACAGUCGGGACUGGGCUCUGAAUGGAAACACCAUCUCACUUGACGACGACACUGUGAUCGACGUCCCACAGCCGUUCGACCAGACGGAGAGGUACUGCGCCUCUCUGGGUCACAAGGGCAACCACUCCUUCACUCCCAACUGCCAGUACGAGCCGUAA